AUGUCUUCGAAAAAGCAGCCAAAUAUUAAUGCCUCGUAUGAGCGUUGCAACAUGCAUGAGAACCGUCCUCAAAACACAACGGUCGGCUCCCUGCGUGAGGCUCUUUUUGGCCGGAUUCAACUCCCCAAAAUGCCUGUUUUACGGCGGAAAUUGCCCCGAAAGAAACGAAUUGCCAUCGUCGACAAGAGGGGUCAGUACACGAUCGGUUACCGAGGGAGGCAACCGCUCGUUUUCUUGAAGGACCUUUUCAUCACAUUCGUCGAUAUGAAAUGGCGUUGGGCCCUUCUAUCCUUCUUCGUCUUAUACUUUACAGUCUUCUUCAUGUUCACUCUCGUUUGGGCUUUUGUCUGCUGGGUUCACGGUGAUUUUGGCUAUCUCGGGGAACGUGACUAUGUCCCGUGUGUCAAAGGAAUGGACAGUUUUGCCGGACUAUUACUCUUUUCAAUCGAGACACAGACUUCCAUUGGUUAUGGUUUUGUCCACCCAAACACGGAGUGCACUGGUUCUCUUAUCGUUCUAUUCUUUCAAAUUACUUUCGGCCUCGUUCUGGAGACUUUUCUGCUCACCUAUCUCAUCUCCAAACUCUUUAGACCCUCCUUAAGAUCAAAAACCAUAAGAUUUAGUAAAAACGCCGUCAUUUGUCAAGAAGACGGGUCCCUCUGCCUCCAGAUCGACAUUUGUCAUUUUUAUCUAUCUAUCUCAGUCUCUUCAUCUAUCUAUCUAUCUAUCUAUCUAUCUAUCUAUCUAUCUAUCGCAAUUCGAGUGGGCGAUCUGCGAGAGAAACCACUUCAAUCUGCCGUCGCAUAUGGCGUCCUUGUGAAAGAGGUGGUCACCCAGGAAGGUGUUAUCUACCCCCUCUACCAACACGAAAUCCCCUUUACAGUCGACUGCAUGGAGGGUGACAUGUGCAUGAUGUGGCCCGUCUUGCUCACCCACAGGAUCACCAAUUCCAGUCCCUUCUGGCAAAUCAAAGAAGCCGAUAUCAACUCGGAGAAGUUCGAAGUAAUUAUCUUUCUCGAAGGUAAGAGAAUAACUCAAAUGUUGAGUGAACAUCUAAUCGAUUUCUAG